AUGCCACCUACUCUACUAUCUCGUCGCGAUUCCAGUGUUGAAGUCCUCCAACUACCACUGGUACCUCAUCCGGAUGUCAUCGAGAUAUUCGAUUUGGACGAUGACCAUUUCGCUCCUUCUGCCCUUCCGUUAAAAAGGAAGAACUCUCGCGAGCUUCAGUUAGAGCGGGAGGUAAAGAAGUUGAAGCAGGAGAACAAAUUGCACAAGAACAAAGCGAAUUCUUUAAGGGCAGAGAUCACCAGUGUGCAAGAUAAACUUACGCAUUUGCUUGCCGCUUCAUCGAACGCCUCAUCGUCAAAGGAUCAUAUGCCAAUAUCCAAUGUCGAGGAUAGUGUGACAUGCGAGAUUUGUACAAUGAAAAUGUGGACACCCUAUAUUCUGGAAUGUGGGCACACUUACUGCCAAUCUUGUCUGCAGGUGAGAAUGUAUCCCUUCACUCAGAUAUCUGGACCUACCCUCAUUGUCAUUCCACAACACGUGGCUGCAAAUCCCGACUAUAGUAUCAACCAACCCCAACACCCUUAUGGGGCCGAUACAUACACUGCGUACCUAGGCUUUGCUCAACAUCACUAUAUGCACUUCCUCAGUGCGGCUACCCCACAACCCCACUACACCUGUCCACUUUGUCGCAAACAGGUGCGGAAUCCCCCAGUGGAGGAUUUCAAUCUGAAAAAGAUUGUGAGGGCUGUUGCUAGUGUGCAAGGAGAAUCUAGUCCUCGAAAGGAGGAGGCGGGUUCUAGUCGAAGGAAGGGAAAAGCACCAGCUUAA